CUUUGGUACCCUGCUCUUGACUAGUACCAAACAUACUGCUUCCCUCUAAACAAGAAAAGCUGGAAGUUUAACGUAUCUAAACGGCUUGUAAGAGCAUCUCUUUAAGAUUUAGUUUAUUAUCGCGUUUUCUAGACCCAGAAAGCUGAAAUAUAAUCGGAACAAGUAGACUAAUAGAAAGAUGGCUCCUUCAAAAGAACAGUUGGAUGAAAUGAAAGAGGCCUUUACACUCUAUGAUAUAGACAGAGAUGGACUUAUUCCCACAAGUCAUGUUGGCUCUGUUUUAAGAAGCUUGGGCAUUAAUGUUUCAGAUGCCGAAUUAACAAAGUUAUCCAACGAACUUGGUGAUGCUAUAGAUGGAAAAAAGUUUAUGAAUUUUGCUACUAGUAAAUUAAACGAAACAGAAUCCGAGGAAGAGUUUGUGAAAGCUUUUACCGUCUUUGACAAAGACAAUAGCGGUUACAUCGAAACAGCCAAAUUUGCUGAGUAUAUGAUGACCUUGGGAGAAAAAUUACCGGAGCAUGAAGUCCAAAUGAUGGUUCAAGAAGCUGAUCCUACCAAUUCAGGAACUUUCAAUUACCAUGAAUUCGUUCAACGAAUUAUGGCCAAGUAAAAAAAAGAUAUAAAAGUCCCCUGGUGUGUGUCUCUGAUAUAGGUACCAUUGAUUGUAUUCUUUUUUCACUUAUUCCUUCUUUAUGAAGCUGUCUUUUGACUCUUCGGUGUGCAAUUGACUACAUAUCUAUAUGAAUUAUGACCUUUUUUUUUUAAUGCUAUGUGUCCCUUUGCUUUUAUUAUUCGUAAUAAAUUAUACUUAAGUAAGAGCCUUUUUCUUUCCUUGAAAUAUAUACUGCCCAUAGAUGAUCAG